CAGAGGAGAAACUACAACUCCCAGGAGGCAUGGGGAGGGCCGACGCUGGGCUGUGACGUCGCGGGGGCCGGCGCAGGGCGCCGAUUCGGCCAGAGCUGCCAGCGGGGUGGCUGCCGCCGGGGGUUGUUACAGCUGCUGGAGCAGCAGCGGCCCCCGUCCCCGGGCCCCCGUCCCGGUCCCGAGACCUCCGGCCCUGCACGAAGAGCGACAGGAGAAGGGGGCAGGAUGAACGUGGGCACGGCGCACAGUGAGGUGAACCCCAACACGCGGGUGAUGAACAGCCGUGGCAUCUGGCUCUCCUACGUGCUGGCCAUCGGGCUUCUCCACGUCGUGCUGCUCAGCAUCCCCUUCGUGAGCGUCCCUGUCGUCUGGACCCUCACCAACCUCAUCCACAACAUGGGCAUGUACAUCUUCCUGCACACGGUGAAGGGGACGCCCUUCGAGACCCCGGACCAGGGCAAGGCGAGGUUGCUUACCCACUGGGAGCAGAUGGACUACGGGGUCCAGUUCACAGCCUCCCGGAAGUUCUUGACCAUCACCCCCAUCGUGCUGUACUUCCUCACCAGCUUCUACACCAAGUACGACCAGAUCCACUUCAUCCUCAACACGGUGUCCUUGAUGAGCGUGCUCAUCCCCAAGCUGCCCCAGCUCCACGGAGUCCGCAUUUUUGGAAUCAAUAAGUACUGAGGGUGCAGCCCUUCCCCGCCCCGGCCGGCGGGCGAGCGGAAGCCUGUGCUGUGAUGCUGGAGACGGAAGGAGCCUCUGGAGCCGCCAGAGAUGGGGGUUGCGCCGCUGGGCCCUGGUUUCCCCGACCUCCCCAGUAGCCGAGUUGAAGUAGCGUGUAGUGGGGUUGGGGUGGGCCCUCCUGGGGCUCUGACCUCUUCUAACUUUUUUUGUCUUUUCCUUUUGCCUUUUGAAUAGAGACUUGUGGGGGUGGUCGUGGAAUGAGCUGGACUCCGGGACUGCACAGACCUGUGGGGUGGGGACAAGAGGCCAGGGAAGCCCCCUGUUCACUUGCUCAUCCUCAGACCACUAAAGCACUUUAACCCCUGCGAGGGGAGCAGCGGGGACGGUACGGCUUCUCCAUUGUUUCACUUUAGCUCCUAGGCCUCUGGGCUGACACGCGCGGGUGCUGGUGUGCAGGAAAGCAAACCUGUGGCGGUGCCUCACCCUCUGGGGGGAGACCUGUCCUGUCCAGGGCUCAUGCUUUUGGCAGCUCCCCACAGCCCACCUGAGUAGGGGAGGGGUGGUGGGGCCGGCUAGGAGCCCUGCCAUCCUGGCCCUGAGGGAGGUGGCGGGCUGAGGGGAGCACUUGUGGGUUAGGGUGCUGGUAAGCAGCAGAAAUUGGUGCAAGGGAGGGACAGAGGGUGGGGAUAAGCUAUACCCAGUCUCACCCUUUGGGAAGUGGACAGGUAGGGGAACAGGCUCGGGGAGUUCAUUUACCUGCAGAAUGGGCUGGUGGCAGGAAGGGAGGCUGCUGUGGGUUUGCAGCUCCUGGGUUCGCAUCAGGGGCUCACAGUGGGAGAAGCCCAGGAGUCAUCAAAGGCCCAGGCCAUUGACAGAGCCUUCGGCAGUGCCGCGAGGACCUGGGGACUGGACAGAUGGGGGAUGGCAGGCCCUGCCACCGCCCUUCGCCUCAUGGCCUCCUGUGUGGACCUGCGUGGGGCCCAGCCCCUCUCUGGUGUGCGUGGCACACAGUGUGGGCUGUGAGGCCACCCCACAGAUUGGUGGCUGCUGGGUGCUGCCUGGGCCCUGCUGGCGCCUGCAAGGGCUGUCUCCUCACUGAGAUGGCCGGGGAAGAGAGGCGGGAGUGGAGCAGCGCUGGCUGGCAAGGAGCAGAGCCCUUCUCCUCCCGGCUGACUAGAGUGUGUUAUUUUGGAAAAGGUGUGAUGCCUGUGUCCCCUCCCAGGUCCUGAGGGAGGAGAGGAGGUCACUGGCCUUGUUUUCUGCUUCCUGCGCCCCCCCCCCAUGUAUCAUAGGGAACUUUCACCUCAAAAUCUUUCUAAGCAAAGUGUGAAUAGGAUUUUUACUCCCUUUGUACAGUAUUCUGAGAAAUGCAAAUAAAGGACAGUGUGUUCCUGUUUC